AUGGCUGAUAGAGACGUGGAAAAGUCCUUGAAAAGGACAGUAAGGCCUGGGAUUAAUACCAUUGAGAUAACUGCGGCAAGAGAGUUGCAUGCAAGGACGGUUAAUGCUCGCAAUCCACGGAAUGAAAGAGCCAUGCAGACUACGACGACAACGACAACGAUGGCGAAGAGCAGCGCAAGCUUCUUUAAGGAGCCUAUCCCGAGACACGUGUGUAAUAGUGCGAAUAAUCCGCCCUGCAAGCAUUGUGGGAGAAUGAUAAUACCAUCACCGGUGGCUACAUAUCCUUUGGAAGAUAAUCCGUCUAUAUCGAUUAAUAAUUGGACGAUCACAUCGAGAAAGAGACCUAUAUUGAAUUCUGAAGAGUUGGAAGACUGGGAAACGAAUAAGCUUAGUGGGCUGGGCGCCUUACCUGAAAUGAUCUUCGGUAAUAAUUACAUAUCAAUAAAGAAUGUGGAGAAAAAUUGGUCUAUAGACUUCAGGGCCUUGGAUGCCUUGUCGAUGGUAAAUCUGGAGGAUUCUGGAAUCAGGGUAUCAUAUUCCAAAGAUUGGAUUAACUCGAAGCUUAAGACGACGGCAAAGGAAGUUCAUGAAGAUGAUCUCUUUGAAAUUAGUUCAGAAUCAUUGAAUAUCGUCAAGAAUUACGAUUGGACUUACAGCACAGAAUAUAAAGGUACGGUUAUUAAUUAUAACGAUAAUGAUGUAAUUGAUUUCAAGACUGAUAAUGAUCUAGUCUUACCGAUUGAUAAACUAUCAAAACCAGAUCAAAUAUUAUUUUUUGAUGACAUGAUCUUGUUUGAAGAUGAAUUGGCUGAUAAUGGUAUAUCUAUCUUGAAUGUCAAAAUCCGUGUUAUGAAUGAAAGACUGCUUCUUUUGAGCAGAUUCUUUCUAAGAGUUGACGACGUUAUUGUAAGAGUUUAUGACACUAGAAUUUAUGUCGAAUUUGAUGAAAAUAAAGUCAUUAGAGAAUUUAAACAAUACGAAAGUGAAUAUAAUGAUCUAAUGGCCAAUCAAAAACGUGUCUUGGCGCAUUCUCGAGAUCCAAAGGCAUUGCUAAGAGAUAGUAAUUGGGUUGUGGAGCAUAUACCAUUGGUUAAAAGACAAUGUGAAGUUAUUCAGUUUUAA